AGCAACUAACGUCUGGUCCUUUGGUUUAUCCCACGAUGGAGAAAGCGAUGGACUAUCUUGGCAUCGACCUUCUCUGCGCCUCCAAUUCCCUCCGGCACGGCCACUUUCCGGCGAAAGACUGUCUCUUCCCUCUCGUCACGAAGCUGCUCAGUUACUUCCUCGUCGCAGCUUCAAUGACCGUCAAGCUUCCUCAGAUAAUGAAAAUAGUUGACAACAAGAGCGUAAGAGGCCUUAGCGUUACAGCAUUCGAGCUAGAAGUCGUGGGCUACACGAUCUCGCUCGCCUACUGUCUCCACAAGAAGCUGCCCUUCUCAGCUUUCGGUGAGAUUGCGUUUCUUCUGAUCCAAGCUUUGAUCUUGAUGGGUUGUAUCUACUACUUCUCCAAGCCUCUCUCUGUUUCGGCUUGGGUUAGAGUGGUUGUGUACUUUGCGUUAGCGCCGGCUUUGUUCGCUGGGAAGAUUGAUGCUUUGGUCUUUGAAGCUCUCUACGCUUCUAAGCAUUUGAUUUUUUUGUCCGCGAGGGUGCCUCAGAUUUGGAAGAAUUUUAGAAGUCAAAGCACUGGGCAGCUUAGUUUCUUGACUUGUUUGAUGAACUUGGGUGGGUCCAUGGCGAGGGUUUUCACUAGCGUUCAGGUGAAUGCUCCGUUUAGUAUGCUUUUGGGUAUUGUUCUUGCGGUUUUCACCAAUGGUAUUAUCAUGAGUCAGAUUCUUUUGUAUCGGGUAAAAGAAGAAAAGCAAGUGGAUGCUAAAAAGAUGUCUUGAUUUAGUCAUGUUUUUAGCUUUGUAAAAGUGAUUACAAUUCCAUCUCACAGUUCUGUAAUCCCUGAAAAUUAUUCUAUUCACAGUGAUUAAGUAGUCUUUGUGCUAUUUUUUAAGUUACUGUCAGCUGAGAAAUGUGAGUGAAAUGUUUAUUUAA